AUGUCGACCCAUCACUCCUCCAUGCCGUACCGCAGGCCAUCGCGCCAGCAAUCCCGGCAGAUGUCCGUGGACCCGCACAACGAGCUCAACGUUGAGAAGAACCACUACAUUGGUAUCGAUGUCGGAACCGGUAGCGCACGAGCCUGUAUCAUGAACGAGAAGGGAGACAUCAUCGGUCUGGCCAGCGAGAACAUCGGUCUGUGGCAACCCGAGACGGGCUGGUACGAGCAGUCCACGACCAACAUCUGGCGCUGCAUUUGCACGUCUAUCCAGCGCGCCGUCACCCAGGCCAACAUCGACCCGAACACGGUCCGCGGCAUUGGUUUCGACGCCACCUGCUCCCUGGCGGUUUUCCACACCGACACCGAUGAGCCCGUCUCGGUGACGGGGCCGAAGUUCAACAACGCUGACGGCAACGACCGGAACGUCAUCCUCUGGCUCGACCACCGACCCGUCGAGGAGACCAAGAAGAUCAACGCGACGGAUCACAACCUGCUCCGCUAUGUCGGAGGUCAGAUGAGCAUUGAGAUGGAAAUCCCCAAGGUCCUGUGGUUGAAGAACAACAUGCCGAAAGAGCUGUUCGACAAGUGCAAGUUCUACGAUCUGGCGGAUGCGCUCACCCACAUGGCCACCGGCAGCGAGACGAGGAGUUUCUGCUCGGUGGUCUGCAAGCAGGGAUAUGUCCCCGUCGGGGUCGACGGCAGCGUCAAGGGCUGGCAAGAGGAUUUCCUGACCGAGAUCGGUCUGGAGGAUCUAUGCGAGGACAACUUCAAGCGUAUGGGCGGAGUCAACGGCGUGAACGGCACAUACUUGACAGCGGGCGAGCUGAUUGGAACUCUUUCCGAAAAGGCCGCCGACGACAUGGGUCUCGUCCCGGGUAUCGCCAUCGGUAGCGGUGUCAUCGAUGCGUACGCCGGAUGGAUCGGUACCGUGGGCGCCAAGGUCCACCUCCGCGGUGACAGCAUCUCUUCCGCCAACCCGCGCAACCACGUCACCCAGGCGUUCACCCGUCUGGCCGCCGUGGCGGGAACCUCAACCUGCCAUCUCGCCAUGUCCGAGAAGCCCGUCUUCGUCAAUGGCGUGUGGGGCCCAUACCGGGAUGCCCUCAUCCCCGGCUACUGGGUCGGCGAAGGAGGCCAGUCCGCCACGGGCGAGCUCCUCAAGCACGUCGUCGAGACCCACCCGGCCUUCCAGGAAGCCAUGUCGGUGGCGGAAUCCUUCAACGCCAACAUCUACGACUACCUCAACGAGCACCUGAACGAGAUGAUGGAGAAGCAGAACGCGCCGGCCAUCUCCUACCUCGGCCGCCACUUCUUCUUCUACGGCGACCUCUUCGGCAACCGGUCCCCCGUCGCGGACCCGGACAUGCGUGGCUCCUGCAUCGGCCUGUCCUCGGACAAGUCCAUCGACGGCCUCGCCCUGCACUACUACGGCACCAUGGAGUUCAUCGCGCUGCAGACCCACCAGAUCGUCUCGGCCAUGAACUCGGCCGGCCACGUGCUCAGCUCGAUCUUCAUGUCCGGCAGCCAGUGCCAGAACCCGGUGCUGAUGAGCCUGAUCGCCAACGCCUGCAACAUGCCCGUGCUGAUCCCGCGCUACGUCCACGCCGCCGUCGUCCACGGCGCCGCCAUGCUCGGCGCGAAGGCCGCCUCCACCGACCCCAAGGACGGCACCUCCCAACCCCUCUGGGAGAUCAUGGACAAGAUGUCCAAGCCCGGCCGCGCCGUCUACCCGGACAAGGACGACGCCGAGCGCAAGCUCCUCGCCGCCAAGUACGAGGUCUUCCUCAAGCAGUGCCACGAGCAGAAGGUCUACCGCGAGAAGAUCGACGCCGUCGUCCAGGGGUGGGAGCGGUGA